CCUCCCGCCCGCCAUGAGCGUCUGGACGAACAUCCUCCAGUACCAAAGCGUAGCCAUCCUCCCAGAGGACACGGAGGCCGACUUUGUGAUCCCGGAUUUCACUGGGAGAUACGAGCGCCUUACCAUCACCGAGGAAACCGUCCCGACGCUGUUGUCCACGCUCAAGGCCAACACCGACCUCAUUGACAUCCGGCUCAUCAACCAGAAUGCCAUCUCCAUCAACUCGCUCGUUCUCUUUGCCAAUGAGCUGAAGAAAAACAGCCACCUUCGCAUUGUGGAGAUCAGCGGCUGCGACUCCAUGAAUGAUCAGGUCUCCAUGGUUCUGGCCACGGCACUGCGCACCAAUUCCAAGCUCUUCGAGCUCCACCUCCGCCACAACCAGAAUAUCACCGAUGGCGCGGCGCUCGUCUUUUCCACCUCGCUGAAGCAAAAUCAGACCCUCCUCGUUCUCUCCCUCGAUGGUUGUGGCAUCAGUGAUGAAGGAGCUGCCUUUCUGAUCGAGGCCCUCCGUAUCAACAAAACCCUCAUUACCUUGUCUCUUCGAGACACCAGCGUCAGUCCACCGGUGUACGGGUCGGUCGAGGAUUGCCUCGAGGGUCGUGCGGCUUCGGUGGACCUGGCCUACAAGGCGGUCAAGGAUCGGCUGUCUCGGCUUCAGCACGCCCCCUCGGUCCGCGAGAUCCUCGGCCGGUCGGCUGGGGACUUUGCCUCGCGCGCCAGCGAGUCCAGCGAACAAACCGUGGUCAGCGUCCUGUCGGUCGGUUCGCGGCCGAAUCCGGCCGAAUUGCGGGCCAGCUCCAUGUCCUCCUUGUCUCUGGCAUCUUUGGCCAGCGGUGGGGCCGAUUCCCCAGCCCCAGCCCCGGCCCCCGCCCCGGCCCCAGUUUCGGCUUCUGCCCUUGUCGCCGAGCCGGUUCCCCUCCUGUGCACCUCGCACCUGGCCUCCAAGAUCAGCAACCUACGGGCGGCUCAGCAGACGCUGGAGGCACAGUCACGCGAGGCGGUGGCCGAGCGCCAGCGCCUGGUCGACCAGAAGGCCACCUGCUACCUGGAGCUGACAACCCUCGAGGAGGAGGAGAUCCGCCUGAAGAAGCGCCUGGAGGAGAUCUUCGUCGAUCGCCAGCGCCUCCUCCAGCAGAUGGACACCUUCUCGGCUGACUUGCAAUCCUUCGACGAGGCCGCCAAGCGGGAACGCUCCUCGCGCAGCGCCUCCUUCGAGGCCAUGGUGGCCGGCACCGCCACGCAGGUCGACGUCUCCGGCGCCGCGGCCAUCGAUGCCCUGGUGCAGGUCCGCUCAUCGCUGGAGCUGGCCCUCCAGGAGCAGCGGACCCUGGCCGCAUCGGUACCAUCGCUUGCCGGAGGCCCGCCAGGGCAGUGUGACCCGUCGGCCCGGGCCGAGAGCUUUCGUGCCUUGCGUCCGGCGGAAUUUGUCCUCUGGGCGGCCGAUUGCGGCUUGGCUCCAUCGGCCCUGGCUCGGCUACGUGCGCACAGCAUCAACGGCACGGUGUUCGCCGCCAACGGGACCCUCUCCUUCCUCGCGGAUCCCGGCACCUGCGGCUUGACCCCGCUUCAGGCCAUCAUCCUCCACCUUCGGGCGACGAUGGUCCUCUUCGGGCUCCCGGCCCCGGCCGUCGGAGACUCGCCCGACUUGCGCAAUGAGUGCCUUCUCUACUGGUCGGCCCAGCGGGUGGUCGAUUGGCUGCGCGCCGAGGGCCUCUACGAUGGAGCGUACAUGCGUCUCCCGGGGAGCAGCUCGGCAAGGAGCAGCGGCGGGUCCGCCACCGGCUCCGGAUCGGCCGCCAGCCCGCGCACAAAUGAGUGGAUCACCGGUGCGGUGCUCUUCACCAUGGCAUCCACCGACGGCCAGCACUUUGGCCUGCCCUGCCUCCGGCCACACAACACCAACUCCCUCCUGGCCCGGUCACUGCGGUCGCUCAUCGGCCGGCAAAUUGCCUCGGGCAUCCUUCCCCAGUGGCUGCAACACUGGUGUGCCACGGUCAGCCCCAAUGAGCAGACCUUCCCUUCGUACUGCUUCAUCUCGCAGCCCCCUCCGGUGGUGCCCCCGCCAGUGACGCCCAGCUAUGUGGCCAGCCCGAAUACUCGGGCAUCUGGGGGUGCCGCUACCGCGGCCGCCGCCGCCACCGCCGCCGCCGCCACCCCUGCCCCUCCCGUCGCCGCGGCCGCCGCGGCCCCGGGCGCCACCCCUGCCCCGGUGAGUUUGCCUGCCUCUCUGGCGCCGGCCGCCGGCCAGCCCCCACCGCCGGCCCCAACGCCGCAUUCCUUCGCCACGACGCACCGCCCCCUGUCGGUGGCGGCGGCAGCUUCGGCGGCGGCAGCCGGCCACUCUUCACACACUUACAGCGGUCGAACGGCAUCUCACAUGUAUGCCCUCCCGCAGUCACAACACCCGGCGGCUCUCGGGAAUCUGCCCGGGUCCAGCGGGACGUGGCAAGGAUUUCCACAGCAUGGGAUCGGCCAGCACCCGCAUCCCCAGCAUCCGUCGAUGUAUUCACAAUCGCAGCCGCCCCACCAGGCGACUGCCAUGCCCCCGCAUCUGGCCUCGUGGCACAUGGGCCCCGAGCACCAGUAUGGGUCGCUGCCGCCGAAGUUGCCCCCUGGAGUGGGUGACAUGGGGCCCGGCGGGCCGGGCGCGCCUCCCCCUGUCUUGCCGCCCCCCCUGGCUGGGCACUAUCCGACCCCCCAGCAGCACCAUCCCCCGCAACUGCCGCCGUCCCUCUGAGUGCACGAUUGUGAAGUGCCUGUCGCUCAGGCGUGCUGUGAAGGAAGCGGAAAAAAUAGCAUAUCAAAAUAUAUCAUACAAUUCCC